GCUGCUGUUUCUGCUCCCUCCGUUCUCCUCCACACAGCGAUCGGGGAGCUGCGGAAUAGGCGUGCGUUUCUCUCUUUUCUGUUCCUCCAACGUUGAGUGAAAAACGACGCACAGAAACCCUCGACUUGAAGAGUGACUGAGUUCUUUAGCUGGCCGUUUCUACCUGACGACAUGGAGCACCAUUUCCUGAUGAGACUGUGGUGAGACCGGUGCAGCCCUGUCACGCCCACAGCGCCCCCUUUCGGCCCGGACGGCCCACCACGCCCCGGCGCCUGUGAAAGGGUACCAUGUCAGCCGUAGCAUGUCCCAGCAUUCCUCCGGUGGUGGCGGAGGAGGCCCCUGCCACUGCCCGCCUGAGGACUGUGACGGCCCGGGCAGAGACUACUACCAUGGUCACAGUGAUGGCCACUAUUACCCUCCCGGAGGUCCGGCUGAGGCCCUGGCGCUGGAGAGGCACCAUUCCCAUUCCCACUCCCAUAGCCACUCUGGAGGAGGAACCUUCCCUCGCUCCCACCCCAGCCAGCACCCACCUCUCCAGUCAUUUGACUCUUGCGAAGAGUGCCUGUCCUCAGGCCACGGAGGGAAGAUGCACCGCAUUCCCCCGAACAUGAUAGACCAGUUUGAGAAGCAGGGGCCCUUUCAUCCGGACGGCUUCCACACGCUGCAGUACCAGCGCACCGCAAGUGGGGGCGCUGAGCCGCGCAGCGAGAGCCCCUCGCGUAUCCGCCACCUGGUCAACUCCGUGCAGCGCCUCUUUGCGAAGUCCCAUUCCCUGGAGGCACCGACCAAACGGGAGUACAACGGCACGAGAGGAGGUGGCGACUACCGCGGCGAGAGAGGAGGAGGCCACAGGAGCGGAGGGGAGGAGGGCGGAGGCCACUAUUCGGGUCACCAGCCUCGCUCUACCAGGAGGAGCAAGUCUCGAGAGCGUAGCAAGAGCGGAGACUCGCGGCACGAGUCGGGCAGACGCCACCGCAGCAGGACGGCGGGCUGGUGGAGCUCUGACGACAACCUGGACAGCGACAGCAGCUUCCUGGUCAGCGGGGGCAGGCGAGGGUAUCCUAGCGGACACGAGAGCCUGGAUGCAGCCAUCCAGGAGCUUACCAUGAAGAGGCCCAAGGAGCGUGGUGGUGGCGGUGGUGGUGGUGGGCCGGGACAUGGGGAGUGCAUGGCGUGUACCACAAUGGCUCUGGCCGGGACCGAAGGAGGGGGACACCACGGACAGCACGGACACCACGGACAGCACGGACAGCACGGACACCAAGGCCACUCCCUGAAAAGGAGCACCUGGUCGGCCAUGACAGUGAGUCAGGCCAGAGAGGUGUACCCUUCCACCAGGGGAGGAGGCUACGAGAAAGCCCUGGUGCCCUUGGAGAGUAAGCUGAAGGAGAGGACCUUCCACUACCUGCAGGUCCCCUCAGAAGACUGGGGUGGUGGAUAUGGCGGCGGCGGUGCUGCAGACGGCGGAGGGGAGAUCCCAUGCCGUCGCAUGCGGAGCGGCAGCUACAUCAAGGCCAUGGGCGAUGAUGACAGCGCGGACUCAGACUCCAGCCCAAAGGCCUCGCCCAAGUCCACCCUGAUCGCCCAGAGGGACGCCUUCAGACGAUCUAUCAGCAUGGAUCAAAGGUACUCAUGUAAGCAGUGUACAGACUCCUACCCCAACAGCCGAACUACACCCAAAACUCAAACCCGCUCUCGUAGUUACACCCGCUCUUUGACCAGCUCACAGCUGGGGGACACGUUGAACCGUCAGUUUGAGGCGGUGUGUGAGACCAUGUUCGGGGAGGUGGAGUCUCAAGCCGUCGAGGCCCUGGAUCUUCCAGGUGUGUUCCGCACUCGCAGCCACAGCUAUGUCCGCGCCAUCCAGGCCGGCUGUUCCCAGGACGACGACUGCCUCUCCGUCUUCUCCAUGUCGGGCCCCCAGGGAAGCAUCAAGGGCGGGGCCGUCUUUCCUUAUCGUAAAGGUGCUCCUCCCCCACUCCCACCUCGCAUGUCCAAGUCUUCGCUCUCGGUGCGAGCCCAGAGCAGCACCGAGUCCACCCAGGAUGCCUACUUCAGCGGACCGCUGGCCUCGAGCUCAGGCCAGGGGCGUCCCAAGCAGCACAGCAACUCAGUGGACCUGGGAAGCUCCGACGGCCCCUCGGGUCGCUCCUCCAGAGGGGCCUACUACACCGCCACGGGCCCCGGACGUUCCCGACAGCACAGUAACUCGGCAGAGAGCCUAGACGGGGUCAGGGGGUCGCGGGAGCUGGUGCCCUACGGAGGGGGCCCGGGAGUCGGAGUGAGGGCCAAACACAGCAGCUCGGCUGACAGUCUGCUGGAGGGGCCACCCAGGCCGAGCAGGGAGAGGGACGGCAGGGUUGGGGGCAGCCUGGGGAAGUCGGUGUCUCUGCCUCAGAACAGCAUAGUGCUGAGUAAAGCUGGGGGGCAGGACGACGGGCGUGGUGGGAGAAAGUGGAGGCCAUCCAUAGCAGUGCAGGUGGACAGCUCAGAGACUCUGUCAGAUUCAGAUGCAGACGGCAAAGCUCUUACCGAGGUCCACUCUAUAGGAGUCCAAGUGGAAGAUGACAAAAGGCGGGCUCGUUUCAAGCGCUCCAACAGCGUGACGGCGAGCGUGCAGGCCGACCUGGACCCCGAGGGCUUCCCCGGGCUCAGCAUCGCCGUGCCAACCCAGGACAAGAGUCUCCAGUUUGGCUGUUCCUUCCAAAGGCACUCGUCAGAGCCGGAGUCAGCUAGCCAGUUCACCGAGUGCCACCGCACCGUCCACACACAGGGACAGUGGGCAUACAGAGAGGACUUUAUCCAGGGUGGCUAUACCACCGAUGCCUGUCCAGCAGACCCACGGCCCCACCAGCACCCACACUUGCCUCCACGUUCCCACUCCCCUCUGCCCAUCACCUCUGAGAGAGCUUGGGCGGGGACGCCGUCCCUAGAGGGCCCCCGGAGCCUGCCCGAUUCGGGCCGGGCCUCGCCCUGCAUGAGAGACGGGGAGUUCUUCUUACGCCUCCUGCAGACAGAGGUGGAGAGGAUGGAGGGUUGGUGCCAGAACAUGGAGAGAGAGGCGGAGGAGAACGAACUGCCAGAGGAGAUUCUUGAGCUGAUACGAAAUGCGGUUGGCAGUGCCCAGAUGCUCAUGUCUCAGAAAGUCCAGCAGUUCUUCCGCCUCUGCCAACAAAGUGUGGACCCAUCAGCGUACCCCCAGCCCACCUCUCAGGAUCUGGCAGGCUUCUGGGACCUGCUCCAGCUCAACAUAGAGGACGUCAGGGUCAAGUUUCAGGACCUCCAGAGGCUCAAGGACUCUGGUUGGAGGCUCCCACCUGAAAAGAAGGAGGAUAAGAAGCUUCCUCCUCCCUUACCAAAGAAGCCAGCAGGCGGGGUGAGUGGCAGCCUCCGGGCCGAUAGCGUCGGGGAUGUGGGCGCCGGAGGUGGAGUAGGUGGAUCGGGAGGCCUGGUGGUGCCUCGCAUUGGUGGACACACCCUACCCAUCAGGGAGAAGUCCCUGGACCUCGGGGACCGUCAGAGGACAGAAGCGAGGAGGAGGCUGCUGCAGACCAAGCGCACCGCCUCCUUCAGGCAGAACUCGGCCACAGAGAGCGCAGACAGCAUCGAGAUCUACAUCCCCGAAGCCCAAACUCGACUCUGAACACUGAGGUGUCUCCCACCCGCCUCCUCGCUCGCCAUCAGCCCUGCGAAGCUGACCUGCACACUAAUCUCAGUCUUUCUCUGAGCCCAGUUUUUGGAUCCUCUACAGGUCAUCGCUGUUUAUCCGCUAUACCCUCCCAUCACUUCACUUAACCACAACUGCAAAUUCACUUCUCUUGCUCAUUAAACAAGCAAUGACAGCCAUUUUAGUGUCUUGAAAUUUGGACAUUUUACUGACACAGAGGCCUCGACUUGAAGUGGUAGCUAGCGGACUUUUUUAAGAAUUCUCUGAAUUUCUUUUUGGCUGACAAACAAGAAACAGUCCACUUUUAUAACGGUAUAGUCAGCGGGAGGUUCACGCAGUAGUAGCAUGCCUGUGCGUGUUCACCUAUAGCACUUCUCCAUCACUGAGAAUAAAGGGCUUAACAGGCACAAAACCUCUGUGGAGAAGAGGAGAUGACAGAAUCUCCCUGUGGAUCCUCCUGAAUGCCAUUUGCAACAGAAUACGAUAGAGCCACACUCUUCACCGAUGCUACCAGUAUGGAUGAAUAAACAUGGAUUCAUUUCUCACCAUCAGUUUAAAUGCCCUUAAAGUCAGAUGGUUGGCAAUCCCCAAAGAGCAAGCAUAGUCAGUCAGCUACAGCUGGCACUUUUCACCCAGGUGCCAUCUGUCCACUCUGGCGCCCGGUCAAAGAAUAUGAAACUAUUUUCUGUCUCUUUCCCCCUCAUUCCUCGCAUCCCGCGUAUCCAUCGACUACACGCAGUGAAGCCGUUUGAAUGUGCAAGUGCUAUCUGUACAUAGUGUGCACACUCAUGUUUGCCAAAAGGAGCUUUUUUUGCAGUGUAGCAUCACAGCCUUGACAGCUAGAGAGCAUCACAAACAAACA